AUGGGAAGAGACCACCCGCGUGUCCCUGGAAAAGGGGAUCCUGGAGAAGUAACGUCUGUUCGAAAAUUACGAUCAGGUGACCUCUUAGUACAGGUAUCAUCUGAAAAACAAGCGACUACUCUAUCAACCUGUAUGUGUUCGUUUUCAGUAAACGUCACACCUCAUAAGACUCUGAACACCUCACGAGGGGUGAUAUCGCAAUCAGAAUUUAUUGAUGACACAGAAGAAAUGAUUGUAGAUGAAUUGCGCGAUCAACAUGUUAUUGCUUUGCCAUCUGAAGUCAAGCUUGCCUGGUAUAACUGUCCGGUUGGACCAUACGUGUCAAACCCUUUGAGAUGUUUCCAGUGUCAAAGGUUUGGUCACUCAAAGGCCUCUUGUCGUAGCACACCUAUUUGUGCUCGCUGUUCUGGUUGUGGCCAUGAUGAUACUUCCUGUGAGUUACUGGCCCUCUGCAUCAAUUGCAAGGGUAAUCAUGCGGCCUACUCCAGGAAUUGGUCACAAGAAAAAGAAAUACAGACCAUUAAAGUCAUGCAAAAUUUGACUUUUAAUGAAGCACGGCGAAUGGUUACCGCUCGAACUCUCCGUCCGGGCGUAUCCUAUUCUGCAGCUGUAAAAGCAACCUACAGCUCUGUCAGCACACAAACUGAUACUCCUUUCACGCUAACGUCUACCAAACAGCCUACUUUUCAUUUUGGAGCAUCGAAACCUAAUGUUUCGAAUCAAGCAGUUCUCCCUCGCCCACUUCUCCACCUUCUAAAGCAGCUAAAUUAG